AUGCAGACCGUCAUUGCGCCCCAACCUUUGACAUCUGCUGCCGCCACACCUGGUCCAAGCAAGCGCCUAGCGAACGGCGUCGCCCUCGCUCCACGUCCCCCAGCAUCGUCCAAGCCCGCCCCUGCCCUCGCACCUGCGCCCGAGACGGGCUCCACUCCUGCAGUGACGAGGCCGCCCCCGAGCUCACUCAUCCCAACACCGACCACCCCCAGCAAUGCUAGCUCGCCCCCUGCCGAUGGCAAUCCCGAGAAGAAGAGCGCUGGCGGCUCGUCUAUACAGCCGAGCAAGGAAUGGGUCCUACCAGCCAGGGCGAAGCCGGGCAGGAAACCGAGCGAGACGGAGCCACCGACUAAACGCAAGGCGCAAAACAGGGCAUCGCAGCGGGCAUUCCGCGAACGCAAGCAGAUGUACCUGGCCGACCUGGAAGCCAAGGUGGCCGCUUACGAAAAGGCCGAAAUCGACCGCUCCGUCGAAAUACAAAAGGCGGCCAAACGACUCAAGGACGAGAACGAUGCCCUCAAGAGGGAGAACGCCGGCCUCAAGGAAAAAGUGCGCCAGCUUGAAACCUUUGCCGCGUCAGUUCGAGCAGGCGCCAAGCUACCAGCGCCCCUCGCAGCAUCCAGGAACGGUCCGGGCUGCAAGGCUCCGGCCCACGAAGCGAAGCCCAAGGCUGCUCCUCGCAAGGGCGUCCUCACCGUGCCGGGAAGCAGCAAAAACGCGCCUGUCGCUUCCAAGGGCGGGGUGCGAUUCGCCGACGAAGUGGCAGCCAGGACACCAAUAUCCGCACCGGUGUCGGCCCAACCCUCGAUGCCGGCUCCCGUUGUUCCAGCAAGGGCCACCACCCAAGCUGCACCUGCACGUUCGCUCCCACAAGAUGGCCUCGAGAAGGAAGCGAUGCCCAUAUCGCUGAAGCGACCGAUCGCUCCCUCAACGGUGCCCUCGGCUCCGCUCUGGAGCAUCCAGCCGCCCAUGAUUGCAGAACCUCCUUCGAGAGCAAGCGCUACACUUUCGCCCCCGCUGAUGGGUCAAGACCACGCGAUCCACAUCGAAGGAGGCUGCGGCUUCUGCACGGAAGCAUCGCCGUGCGUCUGUGCAGACGACUUCCUCAACCUCGACAGCAGCGAAAAGGACGAUAGCCCCAAGUCGGUGCACAUCGCCAAAGGGCCCACGGGUCGCACUUCGGCGAGCUCGGACGCCGUGCCCCUACGGCAACCGAGGGACGCGACGAUGGAGCCGGUCGAGAAGCAGAACCCCAACAUGCGCAUCGACGCGCUCACCAAUGCCGCCGCUUCCGGUAGCCAGCUCGGUCGCAAACGCCUCUGGUACACGAUUCCACCCUCGGAGGAGGCGCCAACCGUAUGCCCGACCUCGACGCCUCGCAACGCUGCCGUACCGGAAAGAGCAAAGCCGCUGCAGCCCAAAAAGCGACUCUGGUACACGGUGCCAGCAUCAGCAGAGCAGUCCUUCAACAGCGGCGUCUCGUCGACGUCAAAUCGGCCGGCGGACCUGCAGCUGUCGACAGCCGCGUCCGAGCCCUUUGAGCCAGUCUGUACCGGCGAUCCGAGUUCCUGUGGCGCCUGCUCUGGAGACCCGGGUCUAGCAGCGUUCUGCGAGGCCGUGACCAACAGCGUGCAGGGUGGACAGGCUGCCUUCACCUCGUGGGACGCCGGCAACGCGGUACCGCUCGCAUCCCGCCCGAGGAGCGGCAGUGGCACAACACCGCAGAAGGUCGGAGCGCUGCAGCGCCCGGCGUUGGGCAGAUUCAGCACGACGGGCCACCUCGCGCCGUCGUCGUCUACCGACCCGCGACACCUGGCCCCACCCACCACGCCGUCAUCUUACGCCGGCGUCUCGCCACGCCAUCAGACCGAGACGAUCCCAUCGGCGUGGAGGCAGAUCCGAGCCCAUCCGCGCUUCAACCAGUGGCAAGGCGGUCUGGACCUGCUCGCCGAGGUGGUCUCCAGGCGGAGCGGAUCGAUUCAUUCUCCCCUGCUGGGCGAACGUGAGGCACAGCGUGCGGCGCGCGCAGCCAGCGUGGAGAUCGAGCCGCUCCGCCGCACUUCGACUGCCAAUGUCGAAUCGCACGAUCGAGCCACCAAGACCACACACGGACGCACGGCCACCGGCGACGGCCCAGUGCCCAAGCUGCUCCAUACGACCUCUGACAUGAGCGUAUCUCAGGCGGCGUCGAUCAAGAGGGAGCGAGAUGACGAGAUGGACCUGGACUCCAUCGCGGCAGGCGGGCACUCCUCGAUGGCGACGCGCGAGUCGAAACGACGCCGUAUCCUCGUCGAGCGCGAGGCGGUGCAGGAGGCGCUGGCGCUGCUGGACCGCGGCACGGCGCAGUUCCCCGUCCUCACCUCUGCGCUACCGACCCGCUCCCAGCGACGCGACUCUGCGGCGUCAGAAUCGUCGGCUCGACACCACCUGCACGAGGAUGCGGACGAGCCCUGCCCCUGUCCGUGGUGGAGGCCGGCCCAGGUGUACCCGGCCAACUUCAGAAUGGGUUGA